GUGCAGUCAACAGCACUCCAAUGGUGUCUUCGGCGGCUGCAGCAGCUCUUUCUUUGGAUGGACAUGCGACCGCAACUCCCUCCAAGUCAGUUGGGACGGCUUUUGAGAUGCUGGGGAUAAAAGCUCCAAACCUGAAGCCUCGCCAAGCGGAUCAAGGAGAAAGAUUCAUCCAAGCGAUUACCGGCGAGAAGAAGGCCAUCCCGGGCUGGUCUGGACAGCCGGGGACAAUGAGAAGUUGGCUGAAGCUGCUGGCGUACUGGGAAACGGAGACGACCGUGCCGAAGGAGCGAUGGGGCCUUCGACUUUACCAGAGCUUCCCUGAAGGCUCUCAACCGAGGAAGAUCGCGGACCAGGUGCCUAUGACAGACCUGUUGUCCGCCAGCGGAUAUGGGAUGGUCUUGAGUGCCCUCCUAGCCAAAUAUCGUCCUUACCUCGAGAUUGCGGGCCCUACCUCCAUAGACCGUUUUCUGUACCACGGAGAACGAGGCAAGGGCGAAAGUUUCGCGAGCUACAUCGCGGCGAAGGAGGUCGCACGUCAAGACAUGGAAGGCCACCUACAAGCUCGACUUUGUGACCGCAUUGCUGGCCGAGUACUUCUUCGACAUGCCAACCUCUCAGAGUUCCAGAGGGAGAUGAUGGCUUUGAAGGAGCAGGGUCAGAUGUGGACAUUUGACCAAGUGGUGGCUCUUCUCAGGCCCUUGGAUCGGCCAGAGCUUCUGGCACAAGCUGCUGGAGCCGAGCUGGGCACUCAGGCUGCCAAGCACUACCCGGUGAUGAAAGCGGAUGAGGAGGAUGGCUUCCAUGAGGAUGAGGAAGAAGAGUCCGAAAAAGGACUUACUGACGACGAGGAGCUGGAGUUCGGCGAGGGCGAGUACAUCUUCGAGGACAAGGAGUACACGGAGGACGAGGCGCUCUACAUCCAAGCGUACCACAGCGCUUACGCAGACGUUCGUCGAGAUCUGCAAAAUCGAAAGAAGGAGCGCGGAUACGUUCGGAGAUCUACCUCGUCGAGCCGUGGACGCGGGAAAGGCAGGAGCAAAGGAGCCUCGCGUGGAGGCAAGUCUCGAAGUUUCUCAAGGUAUCCCUCGAAGCCUCCAGGCAAAGGAAACCGCUUUGUUCGAGGCAACGCCGAUGAUCUUCAGGCUCGUACCAAAUGCUUCAACUGUCAUGAACUUGGACACUUCGCUAGAGAUUGCCCUUUGAAGGGUUCCGGAAAAGGAAAGGCCGCUGGAGCUCCUUCCAAGUCUGCCUUUGUGAUCUGCCGAGGCAAUGGCUUGCCCAGCUCCCACUUCGUGUCGGCCAACCCCUCCUCGACAUUGCGAGUUCCACCAGAUCGGCUUUUGGCAAUCUACGCGGGAGUCCGAGUUCCGAGCACUCAGGCGUUGGUGGACACUGCUGCCGAGGACGCCGUGAUUGGAGAACAGGCCAUGGCUAGGUUCGAGCAAGAGCUUCGUCGUCACGGACUUCGCACCAUGAUAGUGCCGUCGGAAGAAGCAGUGCCGUGUGCUGGCAUUGGUGGCCAGGCCACCAUUCGCAAAAUUGUGGACGCCCCAGUGGGAGUGGCUGGUCUUCAUGGGCUUCUUCGCUUCACAGUCUUGGCAGAUGGAGACAAGUUUCAGACUCCUCCUCUACUUCCGAUCUCGUUUCUGGAGGCGAUACGCUCCAUCAUCGACUUGGCCAACGAGGAGCUCCGAACCCCUGAAGGCCACUCAUGUCCGAUGACACGGUUGCCAUCCGGCCACUGCGCGGUUAGCAUUGUCGAAUUUGGCAAUCGGCAGUGGCAGCUGCCAGGAGAAUGCCGAGGUGAUGAGCCAGACCCCUUUCAGUUGUGCUAUGCCAACAUUCUCGAGCACAAUUUGGGGGGAAUGGAUGUGGAUGCAAAACCAGAUUCCUCGAGAAUGUCCUCGGCGGCUUCAGAAAACACGGCUACAACGAUUCCUUUGUCCUCGGUGGUUUCAGAACAUGCAGAACCAGAUUCCCUGAGAAUGUCAUCGGCGGCUUCAGAAAACUCGGCUACAACGAUUCCUUUGUCCUCGGUGGUUUCAGAACGUGAUGCUAGUGCAGUUCACCUCGUUUCGGAGGAAGUUUGCGAGUCAUGGGCAGCCUUCAAGGACCCGAACGGGAUAGAGGACAGAGCAAGAGUGCUGCUACAGCAAGGAGAUUUCACGAGCCGAUCUAUGGAGGACUUGCUGUUGAGAAUCUCUUUCCGCGGCAAAGGCAACAGGGACAUCUUGACCUCCAAAAGAAAAGACGCGGGGGCGAUGGCCUUUGGACUGUAUGCUCAUGGCAACAUGUCAGGGAUCACCGAAGUGUCGAGGAACAUGCCGCACUUUGUGAAGUACGUCAAUGGAUGGUUCUGCAGUAAGCUCCCAGGUGGAAGAAGUAGUUUGUCACCUACCUCCUGGACUUCCUUCAGCGUGAACGUCAACAUGGCCUCCCAUCCUCACAAGGACUGCCACAACUUGCCAGGAUCGCAGAAUGUGAUCGCCACUUUUGGAUCCUUCCAAGGCGGGGGACUUUGGCAAGAAUUGCCCUCGGAUGUCGACCCCAAGACCUGUGCCUCUGUGAAGUGGAAAACGAGACGUGGAGUGAAGGUUCCUGGCCAGGUGGUGGAGGUCUAUCACAAACCUACGGUGUUUAAUCCCAAAGUUACUCAUGGUACCAUGUCUUGGACGGGAAGAAGAGUUUCGGUGACCAUGUACACAGCUCGAUCUGCUGAAGACAUGGACAUGAACCUCGUUUCGGAAUUGCAAGGUUUGGGAUUCUCAGGGUUGGUUGCUUCUUGCUACUUGGCUGCUGACGAGCAUGUGUGCGAGCAAGUGGAAGCGUCUCCUGCUUCUUCGUGUGAGUGGGACAUGGAAGACAGCUUUGAUCAUCACAGCAAACAGUCUGAGGAUGCGUCUUCUGUUCCGAGGAUGCUCAAGCAAAUGCUCACGCGAGCUGCGAUUUGGGUUUUGAGUUCGAACCGUCGCCCCACUCCGACGCACACCCGCGACAAUGGCAAGCCUGGCUUCGCAGGUGCAGCGGCUGGUGGCUUCGGAAGCUCCGGAAGACUCUUCGAUGAAAAAGUCGCCGGCCAAGAAGUUGGAACAAGCAUGGAAAAGAAUGGUCCAGCAGAUCCUCUUCAUGCUGGUGACGGCCCGGAGGCAGAUGGUGGCGGACUACAUGAUGAUGAAGGCCGAGAAGGACCACCCCGAGAAGACUACGACGGCCUCAAGCUCCUCUCGGACCACUACAAGAGCGACGGGGCCGAUCCAUCAAGGGAUCGGCGAGCCUCUUCCUCGGUCGAAAAGCCACAAGACGUGGGAAUGUCAUCCAGACAUCGGUGGGCGCGUCUGGACGACACCAAGGACCCCGUGGUGGUGCCCGAGUACACUUCCGAGACAGCCCCGAAUGUAGUGGAUCGACGUGGCAGGGCCUUUCCGAAGUACCUCCCAGCACCUCGCGGACGUCCGGAACAAGGCCCUCGAGAAGUGACAGUGAUCGAGGGAGGCAAGGUACGGGUAACCAUGCACCCGAAUCCCAAGGUCCUCCCGAACAAGACCAUUGGAGCCAUUCCUUCUUCUACGGCCGCCCCGUCGAACAGGACAGUGGACGACUUGACGAAGGCGGUGAAGAGGGAGAUCACGGGCACUCUGCCCACUCGGAGAGCCAAAACACCUACUGGACGCCGCGACCUCGAGACCGAGAUUCACGAGAUCUACACCGACGACGAGACCAUCGACGAAGAGAUGGAAGGCGAGGAGCUGCCAAACGCCCGAUGCAAGCCCAUCCAGAUUUUGGGAUCCAAACUACAGAGGAAAGGAUGGGCGCUAUCGGCGAUGCUGGCGCUCUUCUCCCUAGCAUCCGCAAAGCCAACGAAUUGGUUGGACCACCUUGGGCAUCCUCGCGAACAUGCAGUGUGGGUGUCGGAAAAUCAAGACUGGAGCUUUGUGAAGGACAAUCGUCUUGACGUCUCCGACUUCGACUACAGCGACGAGAUUCACUGCUACGUGUACGCCAAGGAGGAUAUCCAGGUUGAUUGGCUUGCAGAUGAUUUUGGUCCAAAGGUGAGUUUGUCCAAGCAAGAUGGCAAAGCUCUGAAGGAGAGCCUAAAGGGGAAGAUCUUCGAUGCUAACGAACAAAGCGCCUCCGCCCUCAUGCAGGACCAAGUUCUUCGUGAAGGGUGGCAACUCGGCAAAGCCAUCGACUUGUCAGUGGGCUGGAACUAUGUCAUCGAGCGCCAUCGUGGAGAAGCGUUGCGUUUGAUGACACAACACCGACCGGCCCUGGUGACUCUGAGUCGGGCUGGCUUUCUUGGCCCUCGAGGAGACCGAGCAGUCCCCUUUCCGAGUGCCACGGCCGCUCAACAAAAGCGGCAUUUGAACUUUGUGGCGCAGCUGGCAAGAAUACAAAUGCAAGCGGGCCGGGGUUUUCUGAUUGAGGUUCCCGAACAACAAGAGCACGAGGAACUCAGACCUCUUUGCAACGACCCCCGAGUUCCGGAGGCGCUCCAAAACCGCUAUCUCCAGGCAUUCUUCGAGGCCUCCAACAACAUUUACAGCGUCAACAUUUUCCUGUUUUUGGUGUACCAGCGUCACGUGGUGUGCCCAGACGCAUGCCCUUAUCUCGACCUCACCAACGUGAACUUCACUGGUCGACGAACUACGUUCAAGGACUUUGUGGGCAGACCCGCCAAAGUCGCUGUGGACAACUGGACCACCGCGGCAGCCUCUGGUCCGGACAAACAUUUUUGGACCGGCUCCACUCAUUUUGAGCUGGUCCCCACCGUUAUGCUGCCUCAAUCGGCCGCAGACUACGCUGAAUGGCUCGCCAAGGCGGCCUCUCAUGCCCUCUACGAGUAUCAAACGGCGGAGUUCGACUUUCAGUGUGAGUGGCUAUGUGUGUUUCCGUCGCACAAGAUUUUGGAGGGGCGGACUUCGAAACCUCCUGAUACGACGGAAGAAGAAGAUGAGCGAUUUUCGCCGACUUUGUCAGAAACCGAGGACCUGCUGAAUCACGUGCCGCCAGAUCCACCACUUGAUCCACGACAACCUCCUCUACAAUUACCGGACGAAGGAGACGAGGCGGUAGUAAAGCGCGAACUUCGCGAUCUGGACGUGGGUCAAUUGCAGGACUCAGGACCUCGAAACCCGGAAGCCGACCUCCCGGACCCACCUCCUGAACUUCGAAGAGAACUGUAUCGGAUCCAUAGAAAUCUCGGUCACCCUGACCUAGGAACAUUCUGCCGUGCACUACGAAAUGCCCGAGUUCGACCAGACCUCAUCAAAUGGACCAAGGUCAAAUUCUAUUGCCCGAUCUGUGAAAAGAGGAAGAGACCUGGAACCCAAAGACCCGGACAUCUUUCACGACAGAUGGAGUUCAACUCAGUGAUCGGAGUGGAUCUGUUGUUUUACCACAGAAAGGUGAUCGUGAACUGUUUAUGCUGGGGCACGAACUUCCAGAUGGCUAUGAUUGUCGGCUCCAAGAACACCGAAGAGGUCACUAGGGCAGUGUACCAUGGCUGGUUCAAAUAUUUUGGCCCUCCUCAUCUACUGGUGGUAGAUCAAGGAACAGAGUUCAGCUCUCGACACUUUACGGACACCCUCGGCGAGUGGGGAACUGUGAUUCAUUUCACAGACGUGAGAUCUCCAUGGCAGAACAGUCGUACAGAAAGGGCCGGUGCUUCGCUCAAGGCGGUCCUAGGCAAGCUCCUGGACGAACAGGCGGCUGUCUCUUCCGAGGACUUCGAGAGAGCCGUGGAUGCCGCGGUAUGGUGCCGAAACCAAUACUACGACCGCUCCGGAUUUUCUCCUUUCCAACGGGUCUUCGGGAAGAGCAUGCGCACCCCCUACGCUCUGAUGUCCGACGAUGCCAUUGACCGCGACCUCGUGAACCACACCCACUCGGACGAGAUGCGCAAAACGCAAGAGAUGAGGAAUAAGGCCAUGAAAGCUUGGGCCGAGCUGCAAGACGAAACUGCAGUUCAAAGAGCCGUAAGAACGAUCACGAAGACCGCCGACGAGAAGGACUUCAAGGAUGGCGACGUGGUCUACGUAUGGAGGCAGACGGCAGAUUACACUGGGUGGGUCGGCCCAGGAAUGGUCGUCAGCCAAACGUCAAAUGGCAGGUCAUUGUGGGUGAGUUUACGUGGCUAUCUCAUCAAGGCCUCCAAAGAGCAGGUGAGACGAGCCACCAACGAAGAACAUCUGGGCGCUGAACUGAUCAAGGUGAUCUCCAAAGAGAUGCUGGAGAAGCUGGAGAAUGGCGAGGUAAAGCACUUCCGAGAUAUCCAACAAGAAGGAAGCCCUCCGCGACCCGAGGAAAGUGCCGCAGAAGGGUCAGAGACAGUAGAGGACGUCCCCAUGAACUCUCCAAUGGACGUCCUUGAUGAAGACAGAGCAGACCGCGAAGCGGAUCCACCUUCUGUGGAAUCUCCACGAUCUAGUACAGCGGCUCCACCUACUUUGGAAUCUCAACGAUCUAGUACAGUGGCUCCACCACGAGAGGGUUCCAGGCGUCCGAGCACAGCAGCUCCACCUACGUUGGAAUCUCGACGAUCUAGUACAGCAGCUCCACCUACGUUGGAAUCUCGACGAUCUAGUACAGUGGCUCCACCCGUGGUUUUAGAUGAUUCCAGGAUGCGAGCAGAGUCUGAGGUCCAUGGCGUAGAUGCCAGAUCACAGGUCACAGAGGGUUCCGAUGUCAUCAUGCAGGAUGAGCAAAGGGCUGAAAGCACCUCUGGGGCGCAAAGUCAACGACGCACUGUUCGAGUAGAUGAACUUCCAGAUGGACACGUACAUUUCGGGCCUUUGCCGACGUCGAGUACCAGUUCACGACCAAUGCCGUAUCCUUUUUCGCAGGCACCAGGUCCAUGGCCCUCACCGUCGCGUACAACAUCCCACUUCUUCGAGACGGGAGACUUCACUAAAGAGGACGAUGGAGCCACGUGGUGGAAAGACAAGGUCUCGGGAAGCUCCAAGCCAUCCGCGAAGUCAAAAAGAACCUUUGCGCUUCAAGAUGGAAUGGCAGUGUACAGCUUCCAGGACCGCAAGUUCUUCAUGACCAAGAAGUCUCCUGGACAAAUCACUUUCAAGAAGUUGCAAGGACAAGAGCGAAGCCACUUCCAAAAGGCCAGAGAAAAGGAGAUUCGGUCAUUGCUGGAAAGCGGGGCCAUCACCAUCAUGUCGGUGGAGGAGAGCAGACGGUUCCGGAAGGAGCACCCCGAGUUCGUUCUGGAAUCGAGGUUCGUAGAUCGAUGGAAGCCUACGGAAGCCUUCACAGCCCUGGCGGAAGACUUCGAUCCUUCCUCGUACGUGGAAGGCAAAGAUUGCGGAGCUGCUCCAAAAUCCCGCUGGUGCGUAGUAGGAUGGCAAGAUCCAAUGCUGCACAGCAUCGAGAGGAGUGCUCCUACUCCGACUUCGCUUGCAGUGAACUUGUCAUUACAACUCAUUGCCUCCAGGAGAUGGGCCGCUCUGGUCAAGGAUGCAAAAGCUGCGUUUACGCAAGCGUUGCCUACCACCCGCUCUCAAAAGCUAGCAUGUUCAAUGCCAUCGGACAUGCCUUUUCCCAACUGCUCCGAGGAGCAGUUGAUACUUCUUCAUACGGAAGUAUACGGGCUCGUGUCGGGGCCUUCCUGGUGGAGAAGAUCGUUACUGGAUGUCUUGCUGAAGUUGGGGUACAAACUUAAUCCCUACGACCGAUGCGUGCUCACCCUUCCUGCUCGUCCCACUCCGUGCACAAAAGAAGAUGAAAACGGAACCUCGAAAGGCCAAGAGACACCUUCGACGCGUUCUUCAACCAAAGCUCUUGCAACCUCCUCUUCCGCAAGGUCUUCUACGACUUCUUCUACGCCCUCGAGCUCGACUUCGGAAAAGACGAGAGGAGUGAUAGUUAUCCAAGUGGAUGACUUGCUGGAAGCGGGAGAUGAAGAACACCGACGGAGAAUGACAAUUCUCGAAAAGACUUUUCGCUUUGGCAAGGUGGUUCGUCUUCAAGAAGUGGAGCAGGGAACGGGGUACAGUGGUCGGAGAAUUUUACAGUAUGCCGACUUCAGCAUUGGCCACACCAUGAAUGACUACGUCGUGAACCGCAUGAAGCCAGUGAUGAUAAAACGACGAGUGUUGGUCAAAAAUGCCCCGACGACACCGCUGCAAGAAGGAGAAAUCACCCAAUACCGAGCGGCUUUGGCAUGUCUCAACUGGGUGUCAAGAGAAGGACGACCGGACGUUGCUGCAGCGGCCUCCAUCUUAGCUUCGAAAUUUCCGACUCCGUCUAUCAAGGAUUUGUACGACCUCAACCACGUCCUGGACCAGCUGAAGAGCUACAAGAUCACCAUGGUCAUUCCGUCCAUCCCGGAGGAGUCGAUUCGGCACUUUGUCAUUUCUGAUAGUGCUCACGACCCUUCAGGAAAGACGAAACCACAACAUGGAUGGUUGCAAGGAACGACGACCCCGAGCUUGAACGCUGGUCAGAAAGCGCCAAUGGGCAUCGUGGCAUGGCGCUCACGGAAACUUCGGAGGAAGGCCGGAAACACGUUGCUCUGUGAAAGCAUCGCUCUUUCCACGGCCCUCGGCAGUUUGGAACGCCAAGUAGCUAUGUGGAAUAGCCUCGUGAACUCCGACUUCGUGCCGAAGGACAUGAUCGAAGACGACUACGAUGAACAAGAAGCUCGUGGCCAAGCAACGGUGAUCGCUGAUGAAUGCAGAGCCUACAAGGACCCCCAGUCCGUGGCUGUCAUCGACGCGAAGUCCCUCUACGACAGCAUUCACAGUGAACAAGCACAAGGAGACGACGACCGCUCCGUGCUGGAGCUUGCGGUGAUACGAGAAUCCCUUCAGACAGUUCGUGGCCGAGCUCGAUGGGUUCCCCACAACCGAAAUCCGGCUGACAGCCUCACAAAAUUCGAAGGGGCCCACAUGGAGCCCAUGCUCAGUCUUUUAGCCACGAAUCAAUACCAGAUUCAG